AUGAAGCUCCUUCGCACCGGUCUUGGUCUGGUGCUUGUUGGAACACCUGGGCUGGUGCUAGGCUUGACAAGCUAUGCCAACGAGUUUAUCACCCCCGAAUUUUUCCUGGCAAAGAACUGGUCCGAUACGACAAAGAACGCACAAGAUACAAUAGUACAAGGUGCAAAGCAGAUUGCAACCGAAGGCCCGUGGACUGUGACUUCGAAAACGGUCAUGCCUCCGACAAAUAACACACACGAUUACUUGAGCUGGGGACCAUAUUACUGGCCAGACUGUGCAAAGGCUGGGAAUACUACUCAACUCACGCCAGAACAAGGCAAGUUAUGGACUACGUGCGAAUAUAUUACACGAGAUGGACUUUUCAACCCCGAUGUUCGUCAAGUUAACGACACUGGGAUGUUCCAGGCGAUGAGCGACUCGGUAUUCUUUAAUUCCAUGGCAUGGGUCAUUACUGGAGACGACACCUAUGCGUCCAACGCUGCCAAAGAGAUCAAUACAUGGUUCAUUGAUCCGGCAACCUCGAUGACACCCAAUCUCAAUUAUGCUCAAGUCAAACGUGGACCAGGGAGUCAAAUCGGACAACAUACUGGAGUGCUAGACUUGAAAUGUAUGUCGAAGCUCGUCAGCGGCGUGUUGAUGCUGCGCAACGGUAGUGCACCUGCGUGGACUGGCGAACUUGAUUCGGGAUUGAAAACCUGGGUUAAUAGCUAUAUUGGGUGGCUGACCACCAACGAAUUGGCUCUACAAGAAAAGGCAGCUACCAAUAAUCAUGGAAGCUUCUACUUCAACCAAUUGGCCGCACUUCAAAUACUUGUUGACGACACUGCUGGAGCGAAAAAGACAAUCCAAGAAUAUUUUGAGGGCAUUUAUCAAGGCCAAAUAUCUGCUAAUGGGGACCAACCCCUCGAAACGGCCCGCACAAGGCCCUACCAUUAUCGCGCAUAUAAUCUUGCCGCCAUGAUCGUCAAUGCUCGCAUAGGGGAAUAUGUUGGAUACGAUGCAUGGCAACUCAAGACCAAGGACGGGGCGACGAUUCAAGAUGCAUGCAACUAUGCAAUGACUUUUACAGCGGCUCAGUCAAACGAAACGUCGUACGAUGCUGAACUUUACCCGAAUGUUGCUGCCGUCGCUGCUAUUUAUGGCGAUGCGGACGGAAAAUAUUCCAAGUGGCUGGCCAGCAGGGAUGCAAGCUUCCCUGGUCAGCCGUACUUCUUAUGGGAUCAGCCGUUGAGUAACGCUGGCCUUACCGGAGCACCGGCGUCGGGCGGUAAUUCCAACACACCAAACACUGCUGGCGGGAACACUGGAUCCAACAACGCGAAGCAGGCAGGAUGCAAAAAAGGUUUUGUAUGGUUUAGUAGUCUCGUAACACUUUCUCUUUUGUUCAUGGGAUGA